GCAGGUAUGAAUUAAUACCAGAGUAACCAUCUGUCAGUCAGCCGCAUCGUGUUUUGGCACAUUAAGGGAAAGAAAUGUUCAAUAUGGAUGUGCUGUGUGGCCCUUUAGGUUUGGGUGUUGUGGCAGGACUGGGCUGUGGACUCCUCCUCGGCUGGCAUCUCAGGGCUCGUUUAGGCUCAUCGUCCAAAAACCUGAUGGCAGCGAUGGGGAACGGCACCGGUGAAACGAGCGUCAUGGGAGAAGGAGGGGAGUUCAAGAUGAUCCUGGUUGUCCGAAAUGACCUGAAGAUGGGUAAAGGGAAGGUCGCCGCCCAGUGCUCCCACGCUGCUGUGUCGGCCUACAAACAGGUGCAGCGCAGGAACCCCUCGCUCCUCAAACAGUGGGAGUUCAGCGGCCAGCCCAAGGUGGUGGUGAAAGCUCCUGAUGAGGAAACCCUGAUUGAUCUUCUGGGUCACGCCAAAGAAGUGGGGCUUCCUGUCAGUCUGAUCCAGGACGCAGGGAGGACACAGAUUGCGCCCGGGUCACGCACUGUGCUGGGUAUCGGUCCAGGUCCAGCUGAUCUGAUCGACAGAGUGACUGGAGACUUGAAGCUCUACUAGAGUUCCAGUUUGAAUAUGAGUGACUUUCAGACAGUGUCUAGGUUAAAACUAUCCGCAAUGAAACCUAAGUUGGGCUAAUAUAAGUUUGUAUUUUUAUACAAGAAUAACUGAUUGUCAAUUACUUCACUUUUUUGUGCCAUUUUGGGGAUUUUGUGCAUUUAACCCUAUUGCAUUAGAAAUGAGAUGACUCUGGAAUAGCAGUAACAGCUUGUUUACUGUGACAGAUGAACACUUGAAACAAUCUACAACCGGUCUGCUGAGGCCUGACACUGUCUUUAGACCUGAGGAAACAUUAAAUAUAUGUUCUGUUUAAAAUGUGACAAGAGCAAAACAAUUAUUCAGUAUUAUUAUUGUUCUCAUAUUACAACCAUUUAACUACUCUGAGCUACCGUCUACUAAUUAUAUUGGCUUGAUGAUAACAAAUGAAGAAAGAUCAUCUCACAGAAUUAAUGCUGAAAUUGAGUCAUUUUUUCAUAUAAAAUGCCAUGAAGGUCACUUCAAUAAACAGUAUAAAUUGGUAUUUGCAUUGCAGCAGUAGAGUGGAUUAAUAGGAUGUCAAAAAUAUGGUAAUGAGACGGAAUUUCAUUUAAUGUUUUGAUAUAAAAUAAUGGAUUAUCUUCAAUAUUUUUUCCUGGUUUUAAGUGCUGCAUUGAGUGAAUUUAACAACCAACACCUCAACCUGUAAAAUAUAAUUCCACUUUAUGAAAUAAGUCAGAAUCUUACAUUGAUAGGUAUAAAUGACUGGUAGUAACUUGCACCAGAGGAGACUUAUUAUUGGUCUGCUGUGUAUGUAGCAGCUGCUGGUUUACACCAUCAGAGGGUGCCAGUGCUACAUCCUCAUACAUCAAGUGAGCCUUCUAUUGCUGCUGUUGAACAGGGCCUCUAUUCAAACUGCUGAAAGUAAUAGCAGUGAUAUUGGGAGUAGUAAGUAACAUACCACUCUAAACUGUGAGGAUUAUGUUUUAAAAGUAAUAUACAAUAUGGUAGAUAAAGGGUCAAUAUCUCAUUGACUGUUCCUUCUCUGAGCAUAUGUGAUCACUCAGUUAUUUUGAAACUUUGCUGUAAA